GUGUUUGAUUGAAAAAAUUUGCAACAGUAAGCUAUUUCGUAAUAUCUUCCAUUAUUAUUUAAUCAUUAAAUACGUACAUAAAAUUUUAGUGUUGAUACAUAAAUAUAAAAGCUAAAUGUAAAUGUAAAAUGUUAAAACAAAGUAACUUCUUCUCUCAUAACAUCGAUGUUACAUGGAAAACAUUCGUUCGAGAAUCUUGCGAACCAACAGUAUCUACAGAAAAGGAAGAUCACUGCUUAGGUUUUCAAAAUGAUGAAGCAAGAAAGGCAUAUGAAGAAAUUACAAAUGAAAAAAGCGAUGUGACUUCACAUCCAGAACAAAAACAUUACAAAUCAAAAAUAUUCAACAAUCAAGUUAUAACAGCAAAACAGUUUUCAUCAAAUGAAAGGACAAAGUACAAUCAAAUUACUACAGAAAAAGUGACAAUUAAUGCUAUAUUGAAAGCAGUAGAACAAAAAGAUCUGAAAUUUCUUUCAAAGUAUGUGACAUGGGAAAAUGUUAAUUUGACCGAUGAUUUUGGUUGGACUCCUCUCAUGUCAGCUGCAUAUUGUGGUCACUUAGAUGUUAUAGAAUUUUUAUUAAAUCUUGGUGCCAAUAGAAAAGCUAGAGAAAGAUCUGGUCUAACUGCAGCACAAUUGGCAUUAAAAAAAAAUUAUUUAAAUAUAGUCGCAUUGCUGAAGAAAAAGUCAGAACCUACACCUAACAAAACAUUACCAGAAACAGUUACAAACGCUUCUGGAACAAAUAUUGAUGUUCCAUUACAGAUAAGGUCAGAGCUUGUAGGACAUUUGAAUAAUUGCACUGAUAUUAUCCAUAAAGGUAAUGAUGAUAGAAAAGAAUGUUCCAAUGAAGGUACAGGAUUUUACUGUAAAAUUUGUAAAGUUAAUUUUUACCAAACAACUUGGAAAAAGCAUGAGACAUCCACGCUUCAUAUUUUCAAUAGUAAACCAAAAUUAACAAAUAUAAUGUAUGGAAUAUCAAAACAAAAUAAAGGUUACCAAAUGCUUUUAAAUUAUGGAUGGGAUGAACAAGGUGGUCUUGGUCCUACAGGAAAAGGAAUGAAAUAUCCCAUUAAAACCUGCCUAAAAUCUGAUAGAAAAGGAAUAGGACAGACCAAUGAGAAAGAAUACAGAGCUUUAAAACAUAUACAAAAAGUAGAAGAAAAAGCUAAUGAGAUCCUUACCGAUCGGCAAGAAAUAAUUGCCUUGGAUAAAAGAAGAAACAAUGAUAGAGUUGGAAUGAGGGCACUGCAGAAACAGAAUUGUGAGAAACUUUGGAUAACUAUUGGACCAUUAUUGCUCAAGAUGCCAUCCAAAACUGCAGAGGAAUUACUUGUCAAAGAUCAAACAGAAUGUAACAUUGAAAUUAAUAAGCUAAGAAGCAAUUUAAAAAUUAAAGUGAAUGAAUUGAGAGAUUUAGAACUUAAUCCACCUGUUCCAGGUUUAAUGUUACAACCCAUGUCUCAUCAAGAAAUGUCAGUCAUAAAACAAAUUUUAGGUCAAAAUUCUUAAAUGCAUAUAAUAAGGAUAUUAAAGAAAAUAAUAAUAGUAACAAAAACUGUGCAUUAAUGUCAUUUAAAUAAUUUUAGUAAUUGUUUAAUUUUUUUCUUUGGAAUACGGACGAAUUUAUGUUCUCAACGUAGCAUGAAUGUAAAAAUGUAUAUUCUGAUUUAUUAGGAUUCUGUUCAAAAACAGCAAUUGUAUCUCGUUUUGGAUCAUAUGUAAAUUUAUAUAAACACUUAUCUUGCUCCUCGCAAA